CGUCGCCAUCAGCGAUCUUUUCAGUCGCAUGCUGAAGUUGUAAGCGGACCAUGUCUAGCGAUUCUGCUGAUUACAACAGCUCAAGAGAUCGAGACCAUGGAGGGCCAGAUGGAAUGGAGCCUGAUGGUGUCAUCGAGAGCAACUGGAAUGAGAUUACUGACAACUUUGAUGAUAUGAACCUGAAAGAGUCUCUUCUCAGGGGCAUAUACGCUUAUGGUUUUGAAAAGCCAUCCGCUAUUCAGCAGAGAGCAAUCAUUCCUUGCAUCAAAGGCUAUGAUGUCAUUGCCCAAGCCCAGUCAGGCACUGGCAAGACAGCCACGUUUGCCAUCUCUAUCUUGCAGCAGCUGGACAUAGAGCAGAAGGAGACUCAGGCUUUGGUUUUGGCUCCCACCAGAGAGCUGGCUCAGCAGAUCCAGAAAGUAAUUCUGGCUCUGGGCGACUACAUGGGGGCAACCUGCCAUGCCUGCAUUGGAGGGACCAAUCUCCGUAGUGAAAUUCAGAAGUUCCAGGCUGAAGCCCCUCACAUAGUGGUGGGCACACCAGGCCGUGUGUAUGACAUGCUAAACAGGAGACAUCUGUCCCCAAAGUAUAUCAAGAUGUUUGUUCUGGAUGAGGCCGACGAGAUGUUGAGUCGAGGGUUUAAGGAUCAGAUCUACGAGAUCUUCCAGAAACUGAGCACAAACAUUCAGGUGGUCCUGCUCUCAGCCACUAUGCCAGCUGAUGUGUUGGAGGUGACGAAAAAGUUCAUGCGAGAUCCUGUUCGAAUCUUGGUCAAGAAAGAGGAGCUUACACUCGAGGGUAUCAAGCAGUUCUACAUAAAUGUGGAGAGAGAGGAGUGGAAGCUAGACACUUUGUGUGAUCUGUACGAAACUCUGACCAUCACCCAAGCUGUGAUCUUUCUCAAUACCAGGAGAAAAGUUGACUGGUUGACGGAGAAGAUGCAUGCUAGAGACUUCACCGUCUCUGCUCUGCAUGGUGAUAUGGAUCAGAAGGAGCGUGAUGUGAUUAUGAGAGAGUUCAGAUCUGGCUCAAGCAGAGUGUUGAUCACGACUGAUCUUCUGGCUCGUGGAAUUGAUGUACAGCAAGUUUCUCUGGUCAUCAACUAUGACCUUCCUACAAAUCGUGAAAACUACAUUCAUCGAAUUGGACGUGGAGGCCGUUUUGGCAGAAAAGGAGUUGCCAUCAAUUUUGUCACUGAGGAGGACAAGAGGAUUCUUCGGGACAUCGAGACAUUUUACAACACAACCGUGGAGGAGAUGCCCAUGAAUGUGGCCGACCUGAUUUGAGCCCGGAGAAUAUUUGUUUUCUUUUUGUUACACAGUGAUAGCGAUCGUCCACUUGCAUCGUGCUUAUUAUUCGAGAGGGAAUAACUUCUCAAUGAGAAUUGUGGUGAGUGUUACAGCAAGGUGACUUCUACGGUCCCUCCUGCACAGUUGUAGAUUCUAACCUUGUUGGUUGGGGCUACGAAGCCAUGGGGUCUGUAAACUUUAAGGUCCUCAUUAGGUAUUUCUUUUCAUGUUUAAUUAAGUUGUGUGUGUUUAAUGUUCUCUACCAUUUGGUAACUUACUUGUGGACUAAAAGGUAUAAGUGUUGUAUAAAGUCUGCAAAUUAUGUUAUGCUAAUAUACGUGCUAUGUAUUGUGGGCCUGCUUAAUGGAGGCAUUUGUCAUAUUAUACUGUAAAUUCACUUGUUUAUUUUGUAAAUAUGUUUAAUUUAAAUGUACUUUUUUUUUAUCCCACUUGCUAUAUUAUAGUUCCUCACUGGAUGGCUAUAUUUUGCUAACAUUGUUUUACUGUAACGAGUAUAUUGCCAUUUUCAUCCCCUUGUCCUCAAAUUUCCUCCUCCAGAAUUGUAUGUUUUAAUAAACUGAAGUUGCUGUAAGUAAACAACUGUCAGUAAUUAUGGAUGUGUAAGUAUAGUAGUUAGGAAAUUUAUCUUUAGAUAGCUUGGAAGUAUUUAUGAAAGAUGUGAUUAAAAUAAUAGGAGAAGUAAAAAAUAACUGUUUCAGCAACAGAUCGGCCAAUUGAGCAAAUUAAAAAAAUGCAAAUUCUCCCAAAACACUUGAGCUUUACAUUGUGCUCACUUGUUUGCAUAAGUCAAUUCAGAGCAAUGAUUUCCCUAGUUUAGUCUUGUCCUCUAAAAAAGGGUAAGAACAAAUUAUGUAAACACAGUGGAAGUUGUUGGAGACUAAAAAUAUUUUGAGUCAAUUAAUUCUCUACAUCUUCCAACAUCAAACUCAGAAAACAAGAUUUACUACUGUUGAUCUGCUCUUUAUUCUGUCCCUUUCACAAUAAACACAUUCUGACGUGAAAUGUGAACAUUUGUGUCCGCCACGUUUUUCCUUCCCCACAGAAAUGAACUGACUUUCUGUCCUUGAUGGU